AUGGCGGAAAGGAGACUCAACUUCAACGCACCUCUUCUUUCUACUAGGCGGAUGCACAAGACAGCUGCUGUCUCUGUCCGCAGAAACAAGAGUAAUAACUUCACUCUUGACCCUAACACUAAUGAGAUUGGUUUAGCUUCCUCUGUUCCUUUCACAUGGGAGCAAUCUCCAGGGAGACUAAAAGCAGAUGAUUCCAUAACACCUCAGCAAGUCCCUGAUUCAACACAAGAAGUCACCACACAGGGGAAAGUCAUGGACAUCUUCAACUGUCCUGAGGAAUCAGAAACAGAGGAUGUGUUUUCUGAUGCACGUGAUACACUCUCUCGCAUUUCUUCAAACCAAAGCAGCAUAACUGGUGUGAGUGGAUAUGGUGUUGCUGACACCAAGAACCGUUCUGAGGAUCUUCAGUCACGAGAUUUCAUGUUGAACCGUUUCUUACCAGCUGCUAAAGCCAUGACUGUGGAGCAACCACACUAUGGAUCUAACCGUAAACCAUCCACUUUCAUGCCUGAACCAACGAUGCAAAUAAGAGAUUUAGUACCAGAGGAGAAGCGGCAAAAUCCUAAUAAGUAUGCACUAGUACCUUAUCAUAACCACCAGCAAGACAUAGAUGAUGAAGAAAGCGUGGAGGAUGAUGAUGGUGAUGUUUCUGAAUACGCUUCUCUUUCAAGGAGAGGUUGUGGUAUGUUGCCACAGUUUUGCUUUAAAGAAUCUGUAGCCAUGUUGAACACAGUGCCUGGUUUUAAAGCCAAACAAAAGUCUCCAAGUCAUGAUCAAGUGAAGUCAAGCAAAGUUUCUCAACUCAAAUCUCGGUUCCAAUCUAUCAAACAGCUGGCUCUUGAUUCAGUUUCAAAACACAAGUUUGGUAGUAAAGUUCUAUCACCGGUUCAUCCGAACCUGACUUGUGCUGCAAGUAUGUCUUCAUCUCCUUACAGACACACUAAAUGUAAGUCACCAUUUCGCAACAGUUCUCCGUUUCACCCCACGUGUUUCCCUGACACUCGUAAGGAAACCGAGAACAUGAGAGCGAACAGGUUGAAGAAGCACACUAGUAACAUAAGCAGGUCUCAGGAACUGCCAAACGACAACGGUUCAGCUAGCUCUCUCACGGAGAAGACGGUAUAUGUCGACACCGAGGAUUCUCCCAAGACUAAUGUUAUGGUCUCUCCAGAGGAAGCAGAGAAGAAACCAGAGACCAAUCUUGAGCUUGAUGAGUUAGGAAAGAUCAAGAGUAGUCCUGGUCGGUCUCCUCUUGCACCACCGUCUCCCAAGAAGCCUACUGAAUCUUGGCUUUUGCAUAAUCUGCCUUCAUUAUUAGUAACCUCUCAGACUCCUUCACGUAGAUAUACGUUCCAUCCCCAAAAGCAGAGUUGUAGCGAAAACGCUGGGAAUGUUACAAAGUGGGAAACUAUUGUAAAGACUUCUUACAUGCAUAGAGAUCAUAUCCGUUAUUCAGAAGAAUUGGUUGCUCAUACAUUUGUUCAGUGAGAGCAUGAAGCUUCUUGAGAUGUGACCGGUGUGUAAACAAAGUGUUUGUGUGAUUGUUUUAUAAUCUCUUAAGAGUGAUUUACAUUGUGCAGCUUCAGUAUUUGGGAGUUUACCUUUACCUAAUAAGAAUCACUCGGUCUUUGGCCACUAUUCC